AUGGAAAGCCCAAUCUCGGAAUCCUUACUUUCUUCCGACUCAUUCCACUCUAAACUUGAAAAGGUUAUCAUAACAACAUAUGAAACGUUAGAAAUUUGGAAAAAAUACGAGAAUGAUUAUAAUGGGUUAAAAGAGGUCUUGGAGAAUUUGGAUCAAGAGACGGAGUAUAAAGUUAUGGUUCCGAUCGGAAACCUAGCGUUUAUGCCAGGAAAACUUAUUCAUACAAACGAAAUUAUGGCAAUGCUUGGUGAAAAUUGGUUUGCAGAACGUUCAGCUAAACAAUCAAUUGGUAUCGUGGAGAGAAGAAUUGAAAAAAAUCAAAGAACUAAAAUAGGGAUGGCUACUGAUGUUUUAGAAUUAAACCACACAGAAAGGUUAAAUGAAGAAGGAUUACCAUUUGUAGAAAUAGAAGAUAAAGAACGUGCUACUAUUAGUACGAUUGGAGGAAUUAAAGAAAAUCCUUCUCAAAAUACUAAAUUAAGAAAGAAUACGGCAAUUAAAUCCGUAGUGAAAGAAAAAGAAACAUCACAAGGUGGAAAGGAUGUUGAUGUUGAUAAUAUGGAGAAUGAAAUAUGGAUGAAAGAGCGUCGCCUUGCUUUGGUUUCUUCACUCGCCAAUUUGAAAGAUAUUCGUCUUGGUAUUGAAGGUGCACAUUGGCUUCGUAAACUUUUACAAAAUACAGCAAAGGAACCUUUGACUGCAGCUAUAGGAGGCUUACCCCUUGGACUUAAAGCAGCUAUAGAAAAAGAACUAGAGUUAUUAAAAUCAUUUGGGAUUACACCAGUAUUUGUAUUUAAUGGAUUAAGUGUUAUUCGUAAAGAUAAACCUUUCUCAACAGAAGAUAAUAGACCAGCGAAACGAGCUCAAGCAUGGGAUAUUUAUGAGAAGAAUCGAGGGAUUACUUGGGGAGUUCCUGUAUCUAUUCAUCAACCAGAUUUACUUUGUUUUGUCUUUGAAAUUUUCAAAGAACAUGAACGUCACUCAAAAGCUUAUGUUCAUGCUCUUUAUGGUGGAUCAGAAUUAUUAAUGUAUGAUGUUGAAAAGGUUAUCACUAAUAUAGAUUUAGAGAAAGGUACAUACUCAUGGUUAAACAAGAAACACAUUCUUAAUGAUCUCGCAUUAACAGAUGAACAAUUCUUGGAUGUUUGCAUUCUUGCUGGAUUUGAAUAUUGUGGUACUUUUCCACCACUUAACUCUGAAUUUGUCGGAUUCAGCUUUAAAGGUGUCCAUGAUUUAAUUAAACAACAUAGAAACGGUUUUAAUGCUGUUCAGAGUUACGCAGAUCAUGCGGCAGUCAUGAAAACAAAUUAUAUAGAAACUUUCUGUCGUACAAGAUGUGCGAUUAAAUAUCAUAUGAUAUUGACUGAUGAAGGGAAAGUGGAACCUUUGAAUUCAGAAUCUUCACCCAGCGAUAUCCAUGACGUGAUUGGAUAUCGAUUACCUGAUGAAGUUUAUUAUUAUUUGUCAAGAGGAUUAAUGUCCCCACAGGUUAUUAAUACAUUAAUUUCUGGAGUUCUUAUUGAAAGCUCACCAUUAUGUAAUGGCGAAACGCAAGAAUAUCGACAAUUCCUUAGUCAUCUACUUGAACUUCGUGCACAAGCUAUGGGUUUGCUUACUCAACCUUUACACCAGUUUUAUCAUUCUAGACGUGUUAUUAGUGUUUAUUGGUUUGAAGCUAAUACUGCUAACACUGCUAACACUGAACAUGUAUUAAAUCAUAAUGUUGUCCCAAGUGUUCAUGAAACAUUGAACACUUGGAAUGUGUUGGAAAAAUGUUUAGAAGAUGAGAAGAAAGCACAAAAGACAUCUACGAUUGACAUUGCUUUUUGUUUGAAAACAACGGCAACUGAAGAUCAAGCGGCUAAAACAGUGAUGCCAAAAAAUAAUGACAAAAUUAUAGAAUCCAAAGAUGAGAUAUGUGCUAAUGUUUUAUGGAAAUUAUUAGAAUUACGAAAAUUUCUAACACAUUCUCAACAUACUCAUACCACAUGGGGUAACGCCUUCUGUAAAGCACUUAAUAUUACUAAACCUAAUAAUAACAAUGAAUCACAUCAUGAACAAUUAUUCACUGCUUUAGAAUUAAUUAGAUUUGGUUAUUUACAUGGUAAUCAUUAUAGUAGAUCAUAUUAUUCUUCCCCAAGUCAUGUUAGUGAUGAAGAAAAGAAACACAUUCUCUUAAUUUCUAGAACACUUAGUCUUAUUCCUGCCAAGUUCAAGGGUGGACCAUGGAUUGGACCCCUUUCCAGGGAACUUUUAGCUUUUAACAGUUUUGUAAAAGCAUUAAAUCGUUCAUUGAGAAAUUUAUGUGAAAUGUUAACAUUAUCAAUGUUUUUAAAUGGUGAUUGUGUGAAAGAAAGACCUGAUUAUCUUGAUAUUACAUUAAGUUUACCAUUCUUGUAUGAUGUAAAUACUGGAUUGGGAAUAAUUGUGAUGACUUAUUUAGAAAAUGUUAUUGCAGUUACUAAAGAUAAUGAAAACAAAAGUACAAACAAUUCACUCAUAAAUGAUGCACUCAAAAAAAUUGAGGAAACAUUUACAUCAUGCAUAAAUGUGAAAUCUGAUUUAGAGAAUGGAUUUUUGUUUUGGGAUGAAAUUAUUGUUGCCAUAAAAUCUCUUAAGAAUGCAAAAAAUGCAGAAGUUAUUUCAAAUGAAAUUUCAUCUCAAUUCUUGAAUGCCAAUAUAUGGUUAUCUUCAAAACGACCUUAG